UCCCAAUUUUUGCAUCGACUCGCAACCACCUGCAUUUCAACUAAGUACAUAUUUGAACUGCACUACCCACCACCUUCCAAUCCUUUUACAUGGUCGUAUGGUCGACUAAUUCAUUUGACCACCAUUAUCCGUUAGGUUAAUUCUUUGAAACAUUUCAUGGCUUUACCACUCACCCCCUCCAGUAACGCGACACUUAAUCUUACAACACCAACGCCAACGCCAUCAAAGAGUCGCCACUUAGAUAAAUACGAAGUCCAAUCGCAUCCAACGAAUAUGACUAGUGAACAUGUCACCAAUGACGGUGAUGCCGCGAGCACCCAGAUGAACUCUCCGACCGAUGAUAAUAAAGAUAAUACCGGUCAUAAUCAGGAAAACGUCUCACCAUCCAAGUCGCGUCAUUCCAGAAUACUAUCUGGUACCGAACUCACACCUCUCAAGAUCCUAAUCACCAAAGAUGGCAAGAGUGAUGCUGAGCCUCGAUCUUAUCUGAAUAAGCCAUCGCCUAUUAAGAGUCCACGAAAGAUAUCACCGGAGAAGCGUUUUCCCGUCAAAAUCAGCAGCAGUCCAUCACCAUCUCCCGAAAUCCAGACACCUCCAGUGCAAGAGCAAGAUAUGUCCAUUGAAGAGGUACUUCUUCAAAAUGAAGGGUUGGCGCACGCUAUCAAAAUUUUCGAGGAUGAAGACACAAUACUGGAAACUGCAGAGGAUGAUGAGGGUGAUAUCACGACCAUGUCCGCUAGUGACCAGCCAGUUGAAGAUGAGCCUGCAGGCCCCGAUGAUACCAUGAUUAGUACCUUUAGCAACUUUUCUGCCGUACCGAACUUGACCAUGUUCGCACGCAUUGGACACAGUCCUACCAAAUUUGCUAACGUGGACACCACUCCCGUCGCAGUACCAACACGCCGGGAAACAUCGCCUUUAAGAACCCCUAGGCCUCCCGUUAUGCACGAAUCUGGCAACACGACCAAUCUACUGGUGGACUUCACAGAGCAGAUCAAUGGAUUGUCUUCUGGAUAUGUCCGGCAGACACCUAGCAGAAAUCAACCGACCGGUAGAACUCCGAGAAAUUUAGUCACCGCGACCCCCCAACGACAACAAUCCAACUUGCUCGACUUCGAUAUCCCCCCCCUCCCUACGCCUCGCAGCAUACCUACUAUAACGCCAAGAGAGCUCGAGUCACUCAAGUCAGGCUUCCUCUCGGAGAUCAGUGGUCUCAAAGCUUCGCUUAGCGGCAAGGAGGCCGAGGUCUCCUCGCUCAAGACGGCAGUAGGCGAUGCCGAAAAGCGAGUGGGCGAAUGCCUGGAGGAGCUCCGUGAGAUACGAAUCAUCAAAGAGACCUUGACGGAGGACAGGGACAAUUGGGAGAAGCGCGGCCGGGAAAUGGAAGCUGUGCUCCGCAAGGUCAAGGAAGAAAUCGUUACGAGCCAUCGAGAGCGCGAAGAGCUCGAAUCAAAGUUGGAGGAGAGCGAGAAGCGUCGCGAAGCGGCCGAGAUCAUGGCACAAGAGGCCGAGAGUAAGAUGGCGGGCAUGCGCGCCGGUAAGGCUACUUCGGAAUCUGGGACCGAGCCGGGAGGCAACAGGUCGCCCGACAAGACUAAGAAUGUCGGAUCUCGCGAAGUCGAAAUUGCGGUGGAGCGAGUCGCUCGCGAAUUACAUGCACUCUACAAGAGCAAGCAUGAGACUAAAGUUACAGCGCUAAAGAAGAGCUACGAGAACCGUUGGGAGAAAAGGGUUCGCGAGCUCGAGAUCAAGUUGGAGGAUCUGGCGGAUGAGAACGAGAAACUAAAGCUUGGACGCGAUGCUACGAUGACAAAGGUCGACCCCAACCAGAGCAUCAUAGACGAAGAGCGCAAGGCUCAAGCUGUCAAGGACUCGGCACAAAUCAAGGAGCUGAAUGCAGAGAUUGAGAAGCUCGAGGCCGUCGUUAAUAGUGUUAAGUCGGACAACCGCGAGCUCCGUCAACUCCUCGAGAGGGAGCGCGUCGAGAAGGGGGAGUUAGUCAUGCUAGCCGAAGAAAUGAUGUCUAUACAGAGCCUUGCCACUCAGGUGGAAGAGAGGCCACCUCCUCCAGCCCGACCGUCCAUUCCUAAGGCCCAUCCGGCUCCCGGCCCCGAUAAUUUCCGGAGCAGCGUUGGUGGUCGAGUCUCGGGUCUGAGGGCCCCCGGCUCGGUGAAAAAGCCGACAGAAAGUAGGAUCGGUGGGAUCAGCGGGAUCGCUCACGAACGAAGCAAGAAUGGUGGAUCUCACGGUGGUAUCCCGCGCCCUGGUAGUGGCAUGGGUAUGCGGAGUGGCAUCAUGAGCUCCAUCGAGAAGAUGGGUAAUUACCGAGGCCGGGCCGAGUAGGUCUAGAUGACCUUAAGGGAUCCAGAACUAAUGACUUGGGGUUUACGACGAGCCACGAUUGGGGCGUUAUGAGUUCUGAUGCGGAUACGAUGCCAGGUUACUGUAAUGAUUAGUUAUUCCCGCCCGGAGUUUAGGUCGUGACGAGUCUUUUCUGAAUUGCAAGACCGCUUGAGUUGUCUCUCGAGCCUGACCACGCUGGCAUUCUUGCAGAUGCGUCGUUAAUUCCAUUCUCUGUAUAUUUUAUAAUACUAAGGUUAGGAAUUUAUUUCCGGCUGUGAUUUCAAGCACUGUACCAUACUCUACCGACAUGAAACGUCUCAAUGUUUCACUUUCCGUAUAUUAUUACCGUGUAUUACCCGUUAUCAUCGAUUGGAUAUUGGUACAAUAGGUCAUAUCUACCUCAACUACUCGAUGAUUGAGCUCAUCGGGAAUUUGUAGCUUCGGCGAUAACAACACACUUGCAUUUUGGAUGGGAUAUAAAUAUCAUGCUCUCAUCAAUUUUAGUGCUUGUAGAAC